AUGAGAAGAAGGCAAGGAGAAGAAGGCAAGGAGAAGAAGGCAAGGAGAAGAAGGCAAGGAGAAGAAGGCAAGGAGAAGAAGGCAAGGAGAAGAAGGCAAGGAGAAGAAGGCAAGGAGAAGAAGGCAAGGAGAAGAAGGCAAGGAGAAGAAGGCAAGGAGAAGAAGGCAAGGAGAAGAAGGCAAGGAGAAGAAGGCAAGGAGAAGAAGGCAAGGAGAAGAAGGCAAGGAGAAGAAGGCAAGGAGAAGAAGGCAAGGAGAAGAAGGCAAGGAGAAGAAGGCAAGGAGAAGAAGGCAAGGAGAAGAAGGCAAGGAGAAGAAGGCAAGGAGAAGAAGGCAAGGAGAAGAAGGCAAGGAGAAGAAGGCAAGGAGAAGAAGGCAAGGAGAAGAAGGCAAGGAGAAGAAGGCAAGGAGAAGAAGGCAAGGAGAAGAAGGCAAGGAGAAGAAGGCAAGGAGAAGAAGGCAAGGAGAAGAAGGCAAGGAGAAGAAGGCAAGGAGAAGAAGGCAAGGAGAAGAAGGCAAGGAGAAGAAGGCAAGGAGAAGAAGGCAAGGAGAAGAAGGCAAGGAGAAGAAGGCAAGGAGAAGAAGGCAAGGAGAAGAAGGCAAGGAGAAGAAGGCAAGGAGAAGAAGGCAAGGAGAAGAAGGCAAGGAGAAGAAGGCAAGGAGAAGAAGGCAAGGAGAAGAAGGCAAGGAGAAGAAGGCAAGGAGAAGAAGGCAAGGAGAAGAAGGCAAGGAGAAGAAGGCAAGGAGAAGGAGGCAAGGAGAAGGAGGCAAGGAGAAGGAGGCAAGGAGAAGGAGGCAAGGAGAAGGAGGCAAGGAGAAGGAGGCAAGGAGAAGGAGGCAAGGAGAAGGAGGCAAGGAGAAGGAGGCAAGGAGAAGGAGGCAAGGAGAAGGAGGCAAGGAGAAGGAGGCAAGGAGAAGGAGGCAAGGAGAAGGAGGCAAGGAGAAGGAGGCAAGGAGAAGAAGGCAAGGAGAAGAAGGCAAGGAGAAGAAGGCAAGGAGAAGAAGGCAAGGAGAAGAAGGCAAGGAGAAGAAGGCAAGGAGAAGAAGGCAAGGAGAAGAAGGCAAGGAGAAGAAGGCAAGGAGAAGAAGGCAAGGAGAAGAAGGCAAGGAGAAGAAGGCAAGGAGAAGAAGGCAAGGAGAAGAAGGCAAGGAGAAGAAGGCAAGGAGAAGAAGGCAAGGAGAAGAAGGCAAGGAGAAGAAGGCAAGGAGAAGAAGGCAAGGAGAAGAAGGCAAGGAGAAGAAGGCAAGGAGAAGAAGGCAAGGAGAAGAAGGCAAGGAGAAGAAGGCAAUGAGAAUAAGGCAAUGAGAAGGCAAGGAGAAGAAGGCAAUGAGAAGGCAAGGAGAAGAAGGCAAUGA